CGAGCGGGCGGGGCCUGGGGUACCUAUAGAAUCUAUAGGGGAGGGGGAGGCCACCUGCCCCCGAGAAUUCCUCUCUCCAGAGGCGGCUCAAAUUUUGGGGACCCCUCCUUAAUUAAACCCCUCCCCCUUAAUUAAUCAACCCCUCCCCAAUUAAUUAACCCCUCCCCUAAUUAAUCAACAUCUCCCCAAUUAAUCAACCCUUCCCCCAAUUAAUCAACCCUUCCCCCAUUAAUCAACUCCCCUCCCAAUUAAUCAACCCUUCCCCCAAUUAAUCAACCCCUCCCCAUUAAUUAACCCCUCCCCUAAUUAAUCAACCCCAUCCCAAUGAACCCCUCUCCCAAUUAACCCUCCCCAAUUAAUUAACCCCCUCCCCUAAUUAAUCAACCCCUCUCCCAAUUAAUCAACCCCUCUCCCAAUUAAUUAACCCCUCCCCUAAUUAAUUAACUCCCCCAAUCAAUUACCCCCCCCACUUAACGAAGCCUCUUUAUUUCCCCAACAGGUCCCCCCAUAAGGGGGGGGGUGACCCCAAAAUCGAGGUGACACCCCCCCCACCCGCACCCACCCUAUAGAUCUAUAGGGUCCCUCGGGUUAAUUUGGGGGGGGGAAGCACCACAAUAUUUCAAGGGGGAGGGACGACAACAAUGGCCGCCGAUUUGGGGGACCCCCCUGCCCCCCCGAAACGUUUCUUCCGGAAGAGCGUGGAACUGUUGGAGGACGAAGAUCGGGGCUCACCGAGCGACGGGGGGGACCCCGAAUUUCGCGGCGAACUCGAUUUUCGGAACGCUCUCCAAUUUCGGGGCGACUCGAAAUAUCGGGGGGACCCGAAAUAUCGGGGGGGCGUCGGAGGAAGGGAAGAGGUAGAAGAAGAAGCGGAGAUGAAGGCGGUGGCCACCUCGCCGGGCGGAAGGUUCCUCAAAUUUGACAUCGAGUUGGGGCGCGGAGCCUUCAAAACCGUCUUCAAGGGCUUCGACACCGAUACCUGGGUGGAGGUGGCGUGGUGCGAGCUGCAGGACCGGAAGUUGACCAAGGUGGAGCAACAACGGUUCAAGGAAGAAGCGGAGAUGUUGAAGGGGUUGCAGCACCCCAAUAUCGUCCGUUUCUACGACUCUUGGGAAUCCACGGUCAAGGGCAAGAAGUGCAUCGUCCUCGUCACCGAACUGAUGACAUCAGGCACCCUCAAAACGUAUCUCAAGAGGUUCAAGGUGAUGAAACCCAAGGUGUUACGGAGUUGGUGCCGACAGAUUUUGAAGGGUCUUCACUUUCUCCACACCCGUACGCCACCCAUCAUCCACCGGGACCUCAAAUGCGACAAUAUCUUCAUCACCGGUCCCACCGGUUCCGUCAAAAUCGGCGAUUUGGGCUUGGCCACCCUCAUGAGGACCUCUUUUGCCAAGAGCGUCAUCGGUACGCCGGAAUUUAUGGCGCCGGAGAUGUACGAGGAACGUUACGAUGAAUCGGUGGACGUCUACGCCUUCGGGAUGUGCAUGUUGGAGAUGGGAACCUCUGAGUAUCCCUACUCCGAGUGCCAAAACGCCGCCCAGAUCUACCGCAAAGUCACCAGCGGCAUCAAACCGGCAAGUUUUGACAAGGUGACGGACCCGGAGGUGAAGGAGAUCAUCGAAGGUUGCAUCCGGCAGAAUAAAACGGAGAGGCUUUCCAUCCGGGAUCUUCUGAACCACGCUUUCUUCGCCGAAGACACCGGCCUACGCGUGGAGUUGGCGGAGGAGGACGCGGGUCUCGAUUCCUCCUUGGCGCUUCGGUUAUGGGUGGAGGACCCCAAAAAACUAAAGGGGAAGCACAAGGACAACGAAGCCAUCGAGUUUAGCUUCAAUCUGGAGGCCGAUGUCCCCGAGGAGGUGGCCUACGAGAUGGUGAAAUCCGGCUUCUUCCACGAGAGCGACUCCAAAGCCGUCGCCAAAUCCAUCCGGGAUCGUUUGACGUUGGUGAGGAAGACGAGGGAGAAGAAGCAAGCGGAAGGUCGGGGGCUCCCCGAAAAUGAAGACACUGAGGUGGACCAACAUGUCCGACAGCAGCUGCUCCGGCAACAACCCCCCACCACUGCCGAUGGACUCUUGGAGAAUGGUCCCAUCUCAGAUGCCACCGGCACCCACGGUCUCACCGGGGCACCCGAACCUGCACCGCAGCUCCUUGGGUGCUACCAAGGAGGGUCACCAGGACCACCCCAAGAUGGAGUGUCCCCAACUUGUGGCUGUAAUGUCCCCUUGCAGGUGCCGGUCCCCUACGGGGCAGAGGGGACAUCAACGGAUGUCACCGGAGGUGCCACCACGGUGGUGCUGGAGCUACCUGGUGUUGACGGAGAGCUGGGGGUCGGUGUGACGCAGAGCCGGGGGAUGUCAUCGGUGGUGGUGGCACGGCUGCAGCCAGCUCCUGGGGCGCCGGGUCCGGUGAUGACAUCGGCGGUGCACGGCGUGCAGCCAGCUCCGGGGAUGCCACCGGCUCCGGGGAUGCCACCACCAGCUUCAGGACUGCCACCACCAGCCCCAGGGAUGCCACCACCAGCUCCUGGGAUGCCACCAGCCCUUGGGAUGCCGCCACCAACUGGGAUGCCACCACCAGCUCCUGGGAUGCCACCAGCCCUUGGGAUGCCACCACCAACCGGAAUGCCACCAGCCCCAGGGAUGCCACCACCUAUGGCGAUGCCACCAGCCCAGGGGAUGCCCCCGGCUCCGGGGAUGCCACCAGCUCCAGGGUUGCCACCACAGCUGGUGCCCACCAUGCAGCCACCGGCUCCGGGGAUGCCACCAGCUCCAGGGAUGCCACCAACUGUGGCCAUGGCCCCAGCCACAGGGAUGCCACCAGCUCCAGGGAUGCCACCAGCCAUGGGGAUGCCACCACUGUCUGGGAUGCCACCAGCUCCAGGGAUGGCACCAACCAUAGGGAUGCCACCAGCUCCAGGGAUGCCACCAACCAUGGGGAUGCCACCUCCAUCUGGGAUGCCACCAGCCAUGGAGAUGCCACCAGCCAUGGAGAUGCCACCACCGUCUGGGUUGCCACCACCACCUGGGAUUCCACCAGCCAUGGAGAUGCCACCAACUGUGGGGAUGCCACCUCCAUCCGGGAUGCCACCAACCAUGGGGUUGCCACUAACCAUGGGGAUGCCACCAGCUGUGGGGAUGCCACCUCCAUCUGGGGUGCCACCAGCCAUGGAGAUGCCACCAGCCCAAGGGAUGCCACUAACCAUGGGGAUGCCACCUCCAUCUGGGGUGCCACCUCCAUCUGGGGUGCCACCAGCCAUGGAGAUGCCACCAGCCCAAGGGAUGCCACUAACCAUGGGGAUGCCACCUCCAUCUGGGGUGCCACCUCCAUCUGGGGUGCCACCAGCCAUGGAGAUGCCACCAGCCCAAGGGAUGCCACCAACCAUGGGGAUGCCACCUCCAUCUGGGGUGCCACCAGCCAUGGAGAUGCCACCAGCCCAAGGGAUGCCACCAGCCAUGGGGUUGCCACCAGCCAUGGAGAUGCCACCAGCCCAAGGGAUGCCACCACCAUCUGGGAUGCCACCAAUCAUGGGGAUGCCACCAACCCCAGGGAUGCCACCAGUCCCCACCCUACCAGCGUGUCCCCCACCCGAAGACCCAUCCCCUCACCCCGAUCCGCCGCCAUCCUCCACCAACCCCCCAGAUCCGGUGGCCUUCCUCCGCGUCCCCGAGACCACCACCGUCCCCGAACCUCCCGGUGUCAAACCCGACCGCGUUCGGCAACGCCGAGCCUCCUGCCCCCGCCCGGAGAGGGUUCCUCGCUUCCAACUCACCGUCCUCCAGGUCUCUUCCCCCGGGGACAACACGGUGGAAUGUCAACUGGAGACGCAUGACAGCAAGAUGGUGACCUUCAAGUUUGACGCCGACGGAGACGCCCCUGAGGACAUCGCUUGCUAUAUGGUUGAGGACAACUUCGUGCUGGAGGGCGAACGGGAGAAGUUCGUGGAGGAGCUGAAGGCCAUCGUGGCGCAGGCGCGGGGGCUCCUCGGUGGCCUCCCCGUGGACCUCCAGGCAGGACCUUCUGAGCAGGCAGGAGGUGGAGAAGUCGCCCCCCAAUCGUCCCCCGUGGGUCGUUGGAGGUUUUGCAUCAACCAGACCAUCAGGAACCGUGAAGCCACCGGUCCCGGGGGGCCCCCACCCAACCGGCAAGCUUUGGGAACAUCCUGUGGUGGCCACGUGGUCCCAGAUGUUGGUGGCCCUCAGGGACCAGGGAUGGUUGUCACCGCACCCCAAGAUCCAGAUGGCCCUCAAGGACCAGGGAUGGUUGUCACUGCACUCCAAGAUCCAGGUGGCCCUCAAGGACCAGGGAUGGUCAUUACUGGAGCCUUGGAGCAGGAUGGCCCUGGGGCACCGGAGAUGUCCAAAGCCAGUGACCUGGGUGUCCCUGAAGGACAGGAGAUGAUUGUCCCCAAACCCCAUGAACUGGACGUACCCAAGGGACCAGAGACAAUUGUCCCCAAACCCCAUGAGCUUGGUGUCCCUCAAGGACAGGAGAUGAUUGUCCCCAAGGCCAGUGACCUGGGUGUCCCCCAAGGACUCGAGAUGAUUGUCACCGGACCCCAAGACCCAGGUGUCCCCCAAGAACAGGGGACAAUUGCCACCGGUGCUUGGGAGCAGGAUGGACCCAGGGGACCCCAAGAGCUGGAUGAACCUGUGGGACCAGAGAUGAUCGUCCCCAAACCCCAAGGCCUUGAUGUCCCCCAAGGAUCAGAGACCAUCGUCCCCAAACCCCAAGAGCUGGACGUCCCCCGAGGACUGGAGACGACCGUCACCGGAGCUUGGGAGCAGGAUGCACCCACGGGACCAGAGCCCCCCGCGCCGCCGAGGACCUGGGGCCGUCCCACCGCCGCGGGUGGGGGCUACUUCGCGCUGGGCUUCACCUGCCCGCGCCUGAAGAACCCCGUCAGCAGGAAGACCUGGGGCCGCAAGAUCAAGAGCUGGGCCCGGCGCCUCCGCCAGCCCCCCCCCAGCGCAGGGGGACCCCCCCGGGAAGGGGAGGCGCAGGAACUCGGGGACCCCCCCCGGCGGGGGAGCUGCCAGCCUCUAACGAACCCCGAAUCGACUGAUCCCCCCGAAACCGAUUGGGGGGAACCCAGUUCGGAAAGCGAAAGCGGGGGGGUCAAGGGGGGACCCCCCCAUCCCCCAGGAGCCCCCCCUCGCCCCCCGGGUUCCCCAUCGUCCCCCACGAGCAGCGACGACGCGGAGACGGACCCCGAAAACGAAGAUUUACGGGUGGAAUUACGAAGGCUCCGGGAAAAGCACAUUCGGGAGGUGGUGACGCUACGGGCGCAGCAGGACGAGGAGCUGCGGGAGCUGCACGGGCGUCUCCGAGCCCUGAAAGAAGCUCGAGGGGGACCCCAAAAAUUUGGGGGAGCCCCCCCGGGAGAUUCUGGGGGAUCCCCGAGAAGGAUGAGGGGGGGCAAGGGAAGAGGACGGGGAAAGGGAGCGGCCGUGACAGGCCCACCAACCCCCCAGGUCCCCCCAAAACCCCCCCCAGCCCCCCAAAAAAAGGGACUUUUCACCGACGACCUGCACCGGUUGGUGGACGAGUGGGUGCAGGAUACGACCCGAGCCCAGGGAACCUCGUCGUGGGUGACAGCCCGGAUGACCCCCCAAAAAUGGGGGGGACCCCCCAAAAAAACAGCCUCCAUGGGGGGAGGGGCUCCCCCCUUCCCGCCAGGGGCUGAGUGAAGUGGGAGGUCCCCCCCCGGUCCCCUAAAACCGCUGCUCUCCCCCUCCCAAAAUCCCCUCGUUUCACCCCAAAAUCUCACUCCCAAGGGGUGAACCCCCAUUUUUCAGCCCCUAAAUUGCCUCGUUUUACCCCAAAACCACUUUUGGGAGGGGGGGGCACUCCCCCUUUUUUUGUGCCUCCCCCCUGUGAGAUGAACCCACUUUUUUCAGACCCAAAAUCGCCCGGUUUCACCCCAAAAACUCCCCUAUUUUGGCCCCUCCCUUCCCCACGAGGUCACCCCAAUUUUCAGCCCCCAAAUCGCCUGAUUUCACCCCAAAACAUUGUUGGGGCCCUUUCCCUCCCCUCAUGGGGUCACCCCAAAUUCGGCCCCCAAAUCCCCUCAUUUCACCCCAAAACCCUGGGGUUUUGCCCCUCCCCCCAUGGCUCACCCCACUUUUUGGCCCCAAAAUCGCCACUUUUUACCCCAAACCCCCUUUUUCGGGCCUAUCGCCCUUUUACGGGCCCUCCCAGUGAGGUCACCCCAAUUUUUAGCCCCUAAACGGCCUCGUUUCACCCCAAAACUCCAUCGCUUGACUCCCACCCCUCAUUUUUCCCCAAAUCCUCUUUUUUUCCCCAAAAAAACAACCGGGAGCCCCAAAACCACCGUAUUUCACCCCAAAAUCCCCCCCAGCGUGGGCCUGGGAAUUCCCCUUCGUGCAGCCCUGGCAAAACUGGCCGUACUGGUGUUACUGGUGACCACCCACCCCCCCCCAUACUGGUCGUACUGGUGCGACUGCCCCUCCCCCCACUUCGCCCCUCCCCCCCCUCAUUUUUGGGUCAUUUCUUUGUGUUUUCCGCCCGUUUACUUCACCCCUUCGCCAACCAGCGAAGUUUUGAGGUGAAUUCCCGGGGGUUCGGGUUUGGGGCGGUGUGUGGUUUAUUUUGGGAGUGAAAAUUGUUAAAAAGUGCGAACCCCCCCCCCGAAAAUUAAAAAAAAAAAAUAUAAAAUAAAAUAAAAGCGUGGCGGGGUGGGUUGCCACUCCCAAGAUGGCCGCCGCGCUGAGCCUGCCCCUGCCAAGAUGGCGGCGCCCUCCUCAAAAUGGCCGCGCCCUCCUCAAAAUGGCGGCACCUCCCCCCAAUUGCACCGCCUAUGGGGAGGAGUGAAGGGAGCGUGCCCUUCUCAAGAUGGCGGCCACGACCUUCUCAAGAUGGCGUAACCACCCGGUCAAAAUGGCGCCUCGGCCCCGCCCUCUCCCUCCCCGUUUCCGCGUUUGAAUAAAACUUUAUCGGGUGGCCGGUAGCCGGGCAGGAGCCUCGGCGGCGGCGGUGGAACCGGGGCCGGGUCGGGAACGGGUUGCGGUAACCGGAAGGUGGUGGUAGAUCGAUGGGAAGAAGCCUCGGGCCUGGCCGGUGAGGCCUGAGGCCUAAUCGGAAGGUGGCGGUGGGAGACGCGUAGGCCUCGCGGGGCGCCUGGGGCCUUGUAGGCCUCAAGGUGGUGGUGGGGGGGGA